UUCACAGUUCACACACUCUUCAUCCAUAUAAAUUACACAUGUGUGGGUCUCUUUCUCUCUACUACUACUACUAAACUUGCCUUUCUUCCUUUCUUUCUAUCUUCCAUAUUGGUAGUGAGUCACUGUUUCAUUGUCCUGCCCAUGAUGUUGUCUAAAAUGGACAUCAAUGAAGGCAUAAGCAAAAGCAUAGAGGAGUUACAUGUUACCACCGCGAAGGGGAAGCGCACGAAGCGGCUGAGGCCGUGGUCCCCUUGCGCGGUCGCCGGGGCCGCCGCCGUGACUUCUAGCAGCUCAAGUGGCGCCGCCGACUCGUCCUCCACGAUUGAAGGCGCUGAUCAAGAAGAAGAAGAUAUGGCUAACUGCUUGAUUCUGCUAGCCCAAGGAAGAGGAGAAGAAAGAGUCAUCAUCCCUCACCAUAAUAAGCAGAAGGAAGGUGAGAUGGAGAAUCAUGUUGGUGAUGAUAACAAGAGUAUGAUGAUGAUGACAGAGAAAACCACCAAAAUUGGUUUCUACGUUUAUGAGUGCAAAACAUGCAACCGAACAUUCCCUUCGUUUCAAGCGCUGGGUGGGCACAGAGCCAGUCACAAGAAGCCUAAAGCGACGGUGACACAAGAGGAAAAGAAAUCGCCACCACCACCACCACCAGCACCGCGGCUAACCACGAGCACUAGUACUCGUGAUUUUGAGGAAACAAGGCAAACUCAUGUCCCACAUCGAGUUUCACUUGAAUUGGGUGUCAAUUUACAUACCAAUAAAUCCACCAAUUCCAAGUUAAAGAUUCACGAGUGUUCCAUUUGCGGGGCGGAAUUCACAUCCGGCCAAGCAUUGGGUGGCCACAUGAGGAGGCACAGGGCGGUGCAGGCGGCGGCGACGGUGGCGGCGUCUACCGGCAACAACAGCGCUGCCGUUCAGAUUAAGCCACGGAUUGUUCUGGAAUUGGAUCUCAACCUUCCGGCGCCGGAAGACGAUCUCCGGGACUCGGCGUUUCAGAUUCCGGCGACGGCGACGCAGAAGUCCAUGGUGCUCUCGGCUGCUCCGGCUUUGGUGGGUUGCCAUUAUUAGGCCAGGGUGGGAAUUGGAUUUUAAAUUUUUAAGAAAUUUAUAUUAUUAUUUGAUCAAUGAUCAUUGUGAAUUAUUAUUAGCUUUACUUUAAUUUUACAAUUAUUAUUCCUAAUUAUUAUGGAUUCUUUGGAAUUGUUAUUUUUUCUGGGUUUAAUAAUAAUUUCUUAUUGGAUA